AUGACCAAUGAUCUCACCAACAUUUACGUGCUGGUAACAAGCAUCUCGUUACCUUUGUGCUGUCGUGCACAAUCUAAGCAAUCUGACACUGGUUCACUCUCCUCAUCUUCUUCUCUAGUUCUACACGCGCAACUUUUACGCACUAAUUCUGAAGCAGGCCUGAGUUAUGUUGUAUGGAAGUGCACAUCUCUCUCAGCUUCUUCUACCGCUCAGCUAAAGGUUGCAAACAAUCACUCUCAGUGGAUUCCGCAAGAUCACGUUUGCAUAGUCCAACCUGCACUGCCAAAUGCCAGCAAAGCACUAGGUCGUAGCCCGUACGACUCAAGUUUCGAAGACGAUAAUCCUCAUGUGGCGCUUUGGAGCUCUAUCCGCGGCUCAGUUGGCCGAUUUACCACCGCUAAAGUGUUCAUACAUAAAGGAGAGCGUGCAUUUCAAGCGAUAGCUUUCGCUGCGCUUGUACGACAAAAUAUGGUACUAAAACGGUGUCAUUGGUGCUUUAAGAAGCUGCGAAAAAAGGCGCUACAAUGUGGUGCGUGCGAGUUUGCACGGUAUUGCUCUCGCACUUGCUUGGACACAGAUGCGACGCUGCACGACUUCCAAUGUCAAGCAUUGCGUGAGUUAAAGCAUGGACAAGUGCCGGUGAAGGAUGUGGAGACUGUGCGAUUGGUGCUGGCCGUGUUAAGUAUGGAACAGGCUGUUAGAAAUCCUCAAGCCCUUCGAUUGCUCGCUGUUCAUCAGCGCACCAAAGACAGUGAGCAGGAGGAAAUGAAUAUUAUUGUAAAAUUUAUCGUUCAAUGGACAAAGCAAGGCUUGGACUCGCAACAUGUGCGAGCUACGCUUGAGCGUGUGAAGUGCAAUGCGCAUCCGCUUUAUCUUGAUGGCAUCACGUGUGUAGGCACAGGUAUCUUUCCUGAAGCAGCAAUGGCUUUAAAUCAUUCGUGCAUGCCUAAUGUGGCUCCUAGCUUUGAUCCACACACUAGGACUCUGGCAUUUCACGCUAUCUUGGAGAUACCACAAGGCACUGCUGUGGAGUAUGCGUACAUUGAUUUAUUGCAAUCAAGAAAGAAACGCCAAUCGUUACUGUUAAAUGGGUUUGGAUUUGAGUGUAAUUGCGGGCGCUGUACAAAUGAACGUGCAUGCUCGAUAGAAGAUGAUACGGACGAAGAGGAGAGUCGAGCGAUGGAACAGCUGAUGCAAGUCUUCAGUUCCGACUGCUGCGAUAAGAAGCAGCAGCUUCUUUAUUGGAAAAAGAAUUACGAACAUGUGCUUAAACAUAGUAUUGAAGCUCAAUUUGCAUUCUUUACUGCAGAAAUGCAGUUAGCUCGUACUCAAUGCCUCUGGGUUAAUGUCAUUAAUGCUGCAGAGAGAUUGUUAAAAAUUUGGACGCGUUGUGGUCUUCCUGAGUGUUAUCAUACUACAGAAACGCUUCAUUUUCAAAUCUAUAUGGCUGCAAUGCAAGCUGGGAUGCUUGAUCUGGCUCAAGAGUCUGCACAAAAGGUUAAAAGCAUCCGACUGUGCUGUGGGUACUCCCAUCCUGAGACCUCUAUUGAUUAG